AUGUAAUAGAAUUUGUCUGUCAAGAUUUAUUUUUACAAAUCACAAUCUUACCCUCCCACGCUAGUAGCUGUUAAUACUUUUUUUUUUCUGUUUUUCAGUCCUCUGCAUACUACCUGAUGUCCUCGCUGAAAUGUACACACUGAGUUUUCAUGUCCCCAGAUUGGGGGGAGAUUUUCUACAUCUUAAUAACUGCUCUAGAAGAUGCUAAGGUUUCCCCAUGUCCGUGACGUGUUGGCCGAGGCUCUGCGGCUCCUCUCCGCCCUUGGAGCGGCUGGUCGCUACCCUUUGGACUCCGUGAUCCCUGACGGACGUCAUGAGCAUUGCAAUCCCUCUGGGAGUCACCACACCAGAUACAUCCUACUCAGAUAUGGCUGCAGGAUCUGACCCAGAGUCUGUGGAAGCUAGUCCAGCUGUCAGCGAGAAGAAUGUAUACUCCAGUCAUGGCUAUGGGGCCACCCAAAGGCACAGCUAUCGAGGGCUGCCAUAUGCAGAUCAUAACUAUGGAGCCCCUCCUCCUCCAACUCCCCCAGCCUCUCCCCCCGUCCAGACCAUCAUCCCUCGUGCAGAACUAAAUGGCCUGCACUCGCCUGAUGAGGAGAACUCUGGGGACAGUGAGAGCUCCUCAGAGGCAGAGUCUCUUCCGACUUGGUGUCACUGCAGUCUCUCCCAGGAUGGCUUUCUCAUCAAGUGUGAGAAGUGCAGAGGAAUGAACAGGGGGAAGGUGAUUAGACUUCGUCGCCGGAAGCAGGACAACGUGUCAGGUGGAGAUAGCAGUGCAACUGAGAGUUGGGAUGAGGAGCUCUCGCCCUCCACAGUGCUGUACACUGCUACACAGCACACGCCCACAAGCAUCACCCUGACUGUCAACCGGGUUCGCAGAACCAAAUCUAAAAAGAGGAAGAGGAGCACAGAAAAGGCUCGCACUGCACCAAAGGCCAAAAAGAUCAAGGCCUUUCGAGAGGGCUCCCGGAAGUCUCUGCGGAUGAAGAAUUCUCCUUCUGAAGCACAUGCCCUGGAUGAGAACACAGCUGAGGGGUGGGAGAAUCGGAUCCGGCUCUGGACAGAUCAAUAUGAAGAAGCCUUUACCAACCAGUACAGUGCUGAUGUGCAGAACCUCCUGGAACGGCACCUGAGCUCUCACAAAGACUAUGUGGGCAAAACUGCUAUGCUAGACACAAUCAACAAGACAGAACUGGCCUGCAAUAACACUGUUAUCGGGUCUCAGAUGCAGUUGCAGCUGGGGAGAGUGACUCGAGUUCAGAAGCACCGGAAGAUCCUGAGGGCAGCAAGAGACCUGGCACUAGACACACUGAUCAUUGAGUAUCGUGGGAAGGUUAUGUUACGGCAGCAAUUCGAGGUCAAUGGGCAUUUCUUCAAAAAGCCAUACCCCUUCGUGCUGUUCUACUCCAAGUUCAACGGUGUUGAGAUGUGUGUGGAUGCCCGCACCUUUGGCAAUGACGCCCGGUUCAUCAGGCGUUCCUGCACACCAAAUGCAGAGGUUCGUCAUGUGAUUGCUGAUGGAAUGAUCCACCUAUGCAUCUAUGCCGUUGCCACCAUUGCCAAGGAUGCAGAGGUCACCAUUGCCUUUGACUACGAGUACAACAUCUGCAACUAUAAAGUGGACUGUGCAUGUCACAAGGGGAACCGGAACUGCCCGGUACAGAAGCGAAGCCCGAAUGCUGCAGAACACCUACCUCCACCUGUGCUAGGCACGCUGCUUGGGGCAGAAACGCGGCGUCGGAAAGCCCGUCGGAAGGAGCUGGAGAUGGAGCAGCAGGGCAUCGCGUCUGAUGAGAACAGCAGUCAGCAGGCCGAGGAGGUUCCUGAGGGACCCGCUGCAGCCAGCGACACUGAGGCUGCAGACAAGGAAGAGAAGCAAGAGGAGAAAGAGGAAGCUGCAGAUGAGCAGGGAGCCUUGGCACACAGCAGACGGUCCCGGGAAGAGAGGAAAGUGGAAGCCAUCAUGCACAUGUUUGAAAACUUGGAAAAGAGGAAGAGGAGGCGAGAGCAGCCCUCAGACAGGAGCAGCACAGACACAGAGCUUCCUGCUAAUCCUGAGGCCUCUGAGCUGGAGGAAAUAAAAACAGACACUCCUGAAAUUGAAGACAGCAGCCCAGCGUUGAGUGCAGCCCCUCCAAACAUUUCCAACAGCAGCAGCAGUGUUGGGGUGAACACCCGGAGGUCUGCCCAGGCAGUGGAUGCAGUUCCAGAGAAGCUGGUCACUAAACCAGCUCCAGCCAAACCUUCCAGGCCUCGUCCCAAAAGCCGCUUUUCCCGGUACCGGACUAGUUCGGCACAAAGGUUGAGAAGGCAGAAGCAGGCCAGUUCCCAGCAAGCUGAGCUCUCCCAAGCUGUUCCUGAAGAGGGAAGCAGUGUCAGCUUGUUAACCACAGCAGACGUCAGCACCACAGAAGGUCCAGGAGAAAACAGGCACCUGGUGGGGCCUGACCCAGCUGUGAUCCUGCCUGUGGGUGCUCAGUCCAGCCGGGCCACAGGGAAAUACCCCAAAACUAAAAAGUAUCUAGUUACAGAGUGGCUGAACGACAAGGCGGAGAAGCAGGAGUGCCCCAUCGAGUGCCCUCUGCGCAUUACCACGGACCCAACGGUUCUGGCAACAACCCUCAACAUGCUCCCUGGUCUUUCCCACUCCCCGCUGAUUUGUACCACCCCCAAACACUACAUCCGCUUUGGCUCCCCCUUCAACCCCGAGAGACGCCGAAGGCCUCUGCUGCUGGAUGGGAUGUACAGUUCCUGUAAAAAGCGUUGGAUGAAGCAAGCCCUGGAAGAAGGGAUGACUCAGACCUCAUCAGCUCCACAAGAAAGCAGAACCCAGUGUCUAUACCAAAGCAAUGAGAGCAGCAACUCUUCCAGCAUCUGCAAGGACAACACAGACUUGCUGAGCCCCCUGAAGAAGUGGAAGUCCCGCUAUCUGAUGGAGCAGAACGUUACCAAGUUGCUGAGGCCUCUGUCUCCUGUCCCUUCCGUUCCUGGCUCCAUGAGCCCACAGCUUCCCACACCCUGCUCGUCCGUGCCGGGAGAGGAGGAAUGUCGCAAUGGUUAUGGCGUGAUGUUCUCGCCCAUUCCCUCCCUGGCUGCGAGUCGCUGCAAUACUCCACUACAGUUUGAGAACGUAUCCUCCCCUGAGAGUUCCCCUGCGCAUAGGCCCGAGUCCCUGUCACCAGAGCUCUGCCUUCGAACGGACAUGGAUUUGGCAAAGGGCGGAUACCUGGAUGCCAGUGCAAACGCCUGCCCAGAAAGGUCGUCGCUGCUCAGCUCUGGGCACUCUGAUCUGGCUUCACAGGCCUCCAUCAGCUCCGCUUCAGAGACCAGCUUCGCUGGGAAGAGCGGAGAAGCACAGCUGCUGCUACGGAGCUCAGAUCAGGCUUUUCGGACAGAGUUUAACUUAAUGUAUGCCUUCUCACCCUUGAACGCGAUGCCCCGUGUAGACAGUUUGUUGCGGGGGUCUGCUCAGGUCGGGGAGAAAAAGCCUUCCGGUUCAGAAGCGGGUUGCUGCAGCUCUCCUGCGGAUGGAUACUUCAGCAGACACGAGCCUGGGCUGCUUAAAGAAAUGGUGCAUGGAUCUGUGUCUCCCUGUGGUGAGAAGGCUUGCGAAGGAGUCAGAUCUGCCCCACAGAACCCCCCACAAAGGAAAAAGGUCUCUCUGCUGGAAUACCGCAAGCGGAAACAAGAAGCCAAGGAGGGUGGUGACUCAGUGCGGUGCACAGGGACUCCUACCCGGCAAGGCGGCAGCUGUGUGACUGACACGGAUGCCAGCAGCCUGCAGGGCUCAGCACGUCGGACCCCGUCCUCCCCUCAAAGCAGCUUCUCCCCUUCUCAUCCCUCCCUGCCUCAUGUCGAGGAGAUCAGCCCGCCAGACCAAAGAGGAGCUAGUUCCUCGACAUUGCUCUGCAAGUCCCAGGACAACAUCAGCAGCAGGUGGAUGGUUCCCACAUCGGUGGAGCGGCUUCGGGAGGGCCGUGGCAUUCUUGAGAAGGUCCUGCGCAGCGGUGCAAAGGUAUCCCAGAGAAGCGAACCCUCGCCUUCUGGUGACGGUGCUGCCGAGAGAGACCCAGAUGCAACGGAGGGGGACACGCCAGAGGCUCUCAGCUCCACACUCAAAGGACCAGCAGUGUACAGUCCUUCCAGAUACAGCUACCAGCUGCUGCAGUCAGACAGCCCCCGGGCAGAGGCACAGAGCUCCUCCCCCUACCGAGGGCAUCCCGCGCCAUCCCCAGGAUACAGCUACCGAGUGGUGUCACAGAGGACAGGACACGCCACCUCUCUCAGCUCCUCGGAAUCCUCCUACUCCAGCCCUGCUCCCCCAGCUUCCACGGACUCCUCGGCUCUGUUCGCCGGGAACUCUGGCUAUUACAGCAGCCAGCAGCACCCUGGCAGCAGUGGCGGUAGCAGCCUCCUGAAGAAGAGCUGUCCCGCUGCUGCCAGCCCUGCGCAGCCGAGUGCCGCGGACUCGCUGUCCUCUGAGCCCUGCACAGGCGCGUCGGGCCCCGCCUGCGCCCCCCAAAGUGCUCGAGCACUGCAAUCGGACUUGCGGACUAUUGUUCCCCCCGGCCCUGGGCAGCCGGCCCUCCACCCAAACUCCAGGGGGACCGCGGUGCCCGGUGCACAGCACUACCCGCACCGUGGGGGAGGCAGUGUCCACCAGUACAGACUGCAGCAGCUGCAAGGCUCGGGCGUAAAGACUCAGACAGGGCUUUCCUAGGGCUGCCUGGACCUGUGGAGGACAGAGCUGCCUACGGACCCUUCCAGCCCCCUCUGGAAGCGGCCCCGGGGCUGGUGUUAGAAGCUUGCACCUGAUACUGGGGGUGCAGGGGGUCGGAGGCUGAGGUCUGGGACAUCUGGGUGAGACUCGUACGCCGCAUUGGCCUCUGGCUUGGAGAAGGAAGCAGAUUUCUCUGAGGCAGAGACUGUAGCAAAGCUUCUCCCUAACGUCUGGGUACAUUACAGGAAAGCAAACGGUUCUAAGUGCAAUGACUGACGCAGCCUCUGUCCCCUGUCCAUGCCCAUAGCUGUAGUCACACGUGCAGUAAGGACAUCUGAAUAAGAAACAGUUCAAGGAAAAACCGGGCAAGUUAAACUGAUCCCAAAGCUCUCCUCGUAGGUCCGGCUCUGGUGGCUCCUGGGGGAGGGCUUGAAUCCGUUACGAUCAUUCCAGUCACAAACAGACCAGCGUAUGCAGCCUGCCCUGGGCUGGGCUGCGACUGCCACCAUCGGGUCCCUUUCCAGUGAUGGGGACGCCGCAGCCCGUAGGGGAGCUGGCACUGGGACGAGAGUGAGUGCGCGCCUGGUGCUGCUGGGAGGAGGUGGGCACACUGCCGACUGGCGUGACAGGGUAGGUCACUGAAAGCCACUGUCCCAGGAGUCUGAGUGCCUGGAACUGGCUGGGCAGUGCCUGUUGCAGCGCACCAGGGAGAGGAGCCUGUCCCCAGGCUUUGGCCCUUCACGGUGGCUCUCAUGAGAGGGUGCCAGGGGCCCCUCCCAGUGAGGGCGAGACCAGGGUGUCCUGGAGCUGCCUGCUGGCACGCCUGACUCAUGCUGGCCGCGGGGCCUGUGGCUCGGCUGCAGCGCGUCUCAGGCGUGGGGACCCCAGGCCUCGCAGGGCCUGUGCAGGGUGCUCACGGGCUGCCAUGGCUCCAAGGCGGCCCCUCGGCAGGGGGUCCAGUCUGUGCGAUUCCAUGCAAUUGCCAGCUUCUUUCUCACUCGUUUACUGUACUCUUGGGCGUGUUUUUAUUUAUCUAAUUUUAUAUUCAGUUAUAACCAUAGUAGGUUAGCGAGUAUCCGACAAGUGUGACCCUGGUGCUGCCAUGGACCUUCUCCUUUGCUCCCGGAUGCACCGAUGCUGAGUCUGUCUCCCCUGCCCCUCCAGUGCGCAGUCUUCUUCCUCGUCCAGGACUGUUGCAACUUGCUCCAAUUUGCAGUUGAAAUCAGGUGUUUGCUUAACCUAGGGGAGACUUGUAAAAUCUUGAAACCAUCAGUAACUUUCUCAAGCUGUCUGGCUGUGAGCGGGGCAGGGGGAGCUGCCACCCCAGAGCCGGGUGUCUGUGUGCUGUACAAAGUAAGUGUAAACUUCUCUGGUCUCGCACCUGGGGGUGCAGCCUCCCUUCUGGCACUGCGUGCAGCAUGGGGCAGGCAGGCUCUGCCCUGGGGCAGUGUGGGGUUGGGGCAGGGGUGCAGCACGCAGAGGUCCCAGCAGCUCUGCGCACCGAGGGUGGCACCGUGGGAAGCUCUUGGAAAGGCAGGGGCUGCAGCGUCUCGCUCUGGUGGCGUUUUUACACCAUGCUGUAACAUUUGGACUUUCACAAGAGACGUAAUAAUUUUGAUAAUAAAAAUACUUAACUUGAA